AUGAGAAAAGCCUUGGCUGGCUACAACGGGAAAGCACAGCACAAUGAAGGAAUUAACCAGUUGGAUUCACGCAGAGUGGAGAGGGCAGACAAAAACAGAGUGCUAAAUGGACCAGGCAGCCAGACAGACCAGAAGGCCGGGGAGCGGAGUGGAGAAUAUGCAGAGCGGAUGGCGAGGGGGGUUGACAAACAGAGGUCGACGAACAAAACGACCGCAGGAGUGACGCCAGAACGAGGCAGAAGCAAACAACAGCUUGCAAAACACGACGAGCUGGGAUAUGAGAAAUUCUACACAGACGGGCUGCUCGAAAACAAUGAAGAGAACAAAAUGGCGAGGCAGCGCAAGCUAGCCCGGGACCCUGGCUUUGUAUUUGUAUUUUGGCUUCGUACGAAUUAUGUGUGA